AUGGUGCAAGUGUCAUGUGAGUGGGCCGUGACCAUUGCUUCCCUUCAUUUCCAGUAUUCGGUUCGGGUCGGGGGCUCAAGCUUCGGAGUUCGGGUUGGAGCAUCUGGGUUUAGGCUUCCUCCGGCGCAGAGCGAUGGCGCAAAAGGAGGGUUGGCAAGGCGACGAAGCGGCCACCUUUGUGGCCGAGCUUUGCGAGCUGCCACAGUAUGCCGCCACGGCCAAUCGAAACUUCUCGCUGUCAUCCUUGCGGCAGCUGAAGCGACAGGGAUUUCUCUCCAAAGGAUCGGAUUGGGAGUUUUGACGGCUUUAGCCUUACGACUUUGA